AAAAAAAUUAUGGCAACAACGCCUUUGUACUUUAUUUAAUUUUAACCAAAUUCUUCAGUGCCAUUACAGCAUGCAUCAACAUCUGCUUAACUUCCAUAAAGCAUUACGACCUUACUUAUAUAGAUUCUCAAUACCUACUUACAACCUACUUGUCCUGAUGUCCCUCAAACGAAAAUUUACUCACCAUAAGAAAAUUAGAAACCGGCUGCUAUUUUACAUGCGGUUUUCCUAAGAUGAAAUAUUUAAGGUUAAUCAUCUUAAGGCUGAGACACAUUCACAGAUGUUAAAACAAAUAUCAAAAACAAUAUAAAAUAGUGGGGGUCAAAAUAAACUUUCAAUAUUCUGUUUGAUAACGUAAAUAUGACCAUACUAUAGUUAUAUUGGUCAACUCAACUUGAAAGUGUAACUCAAAAUACAUUAACCUAAACAUGAGUUUCAUUUUGAAAGAAAUUCUAAAACUGAUACCGUACAUUCUCUUUAAUUUAUAUGAUAAAAUUUUGUAUCCUCACCCUAUAUAUUCUUAGUAUCUGUGCAUAUCAAAAUCCAUCCUAGCUUUUAAGCAUAAACGAAAUAAAAAGGACAAGAAAAAAAAAGAUUAACCAAUAAGAUGGGAAGCAAAGCUGUUGUCUCAGUCUACUUAAUUAUUUCACUGUGUGCUGCCAUCUUUGUCACUCGUGGAGUAGCUCAAAUGCAAAAUCCUCAGGCGAUUCCAGGACUUUUUCCACCUGGCUUAGUACCUAUUGAUCUCGUCAAAUGUUGGUCGUCUCUCUUUACCGUCCAAGGAUGUGUCCUGGCAAUCUCCAACUCAUUUUUUUCUGGAAAAUUUGAAAACGUUGAAGCGGCAUGCUGCAAGGUGUUUUCAACUUUAGAUGCAAACUGUUGGCCUCAUAUGUUUCCUUUGAAUCCUUUCUUCCCUCCUCUCCUCAAGGACAAUUGUGCGCGUAUCAUCCCUAACUCCCCUGCACACAACUGAAAGGAACAAUGAUUGUUUGUCUACAGUUUAGACUAGUAUAUUAGCUUCAAUUUCUAAGUUUUUCAUGUGUGAACUCAAUUAUUAGGAGAGCCCUAUAUUUACCUUUUCCUCAAUAAAGUGAAAUUUUAGCAAUAUCUACAACUCUUGUCAAUGUGUCUUGGUCACAUUAUAGUUAUAUAAUUACAAAUACAUCAACAAAAAUGGGUUUGUUAUCUAUCCUCAGUUGGCUAACCAUGUAAAAUAAUAUAUCGGAAAUUAAAACUCACAAAAUACGAUUCGAACAAAGAUUGAAACAUCAAACAAAGUGCUUUCAGAUAAAUUGACGCAAAAGGGAUUUAGAAGACUCAAAACGUCGAAAAAUAUGUCUUAAUCGUCCUUUCUCGUCAGUUUAUGCAAGAGAAAGAAAAGAUAACACAUAACUCUAAAUUAAAGCUGUUAAUUUUAAAUGGUUUGAAUUUCAACCUAAGAUUUUCUGGUCAUAGAACCUUUAGAUAUUCAAAAAGAAAAAUCUGCUAACUAUAAAAAAGAUAAAAUAACACAUAAGGAGAAAAAGACAACUUUAAUUUUCAAUCUUACAUGUACAUAUAUAAACUAUGAGUUUUAUUACAAUAAU